ACAGAAUCCUAGGAUCUCAUUUUGGUGUCCUCUCAAAAGGUUUUGAAGAGUUGUAAAUUUUAAACCUGAUUCUUUUUACCGUGUUACUCAUUCAAAGUGCCUAGGGGAUAUGAAUAAUCAGUUUCACUUAUUUGCUUUAAAUUAGGGCCAGUUUCACUUUCUUUUCUGUAUCUUUGAAUGAAGCCUACAGUUAGUAUUUGGUUUGUAACGCUUAAGGCUAGUCGUUUUGUUUACUUAAGUAUGAUUGAGGUCAAGGUUGUGUCUUUUUAAAGCGUGUUUUCUUAUAACAGAAAUGGUAUAAGAACGUGGGUUGCAUUGUUUACGAAGAAGCAGAGUGUAACACUUUCUUUUUAAAUGUGUUGAUACUAUUACCUCAAUGUUUGUAGAGUGCCACAGUGGCUAAAUAGUGAUACUCUUUUUACAAAUGAAAAAAGAAUAAUGCAUUCUAGCAUUUCAUAACAAGGGAGACGUACCAUACAAAAGACUGGGAAUUUUAAGGCUUUGAGUACAAGAUUGUAGUAAAGGAAACACUUGAGAAGUCUCAUUCCUCCACACUUACCCAACCUUGAUUCAUGUUCAUGUUUUUUUGAGACAAGAUCUCCCUUUGCUGCCUAGACUGGAGUGCGGUGACGCAAUUGUAGCGCACUGUAGCCUCAAUCUCCUGAGUUCCAGCAGUCCUCCCACUUCAGCCUCCCAAGUAGGUGGGGCUACAGGCACAUGCCACUAUAUUCAGCUAAUUUUUUUUUUUUUCUUAAAGAGACAGGGUCUCAGCUGGGCACAGUGGCUCACACCUGUAAUCCCAGCACUAUGAGAGGUCGAGGCAUGUGGAUCACUUGAGAUCAGGAGUUUGAGACCAGCCUGGCCAAGGUGGUGAAACCCCAUCUCUACCAAAAAUACAAAAAUUAGCCCGGUAUGGUGGCAGGUGCCUGUAAUCCCAGCUACUUGGGAGGCUGAGGCAGAGAAUUGCUUGAACCCAGGAGAGUGAGCGGAGAUUACGACACUGUACUCCAGCCUGGGCUGACAGAGUGAGACUCCAUAGCCAAAGAAAAAAAUUAAAAAGUUUCUCACUGUUGCCCAGGCUAGUCUGGAACUCCUGGGCUCAAGCCAUCCUCCUGCCUUGGCCUCCCAAAGUGUUGAGAUUACAGGUUUUAGCCACCAUGCCACGCGUGUAAGUGGUGGUUGUUGCUACUGUUUUUAAUGCUCUUGUUAGUUUUGUAUAUCAUCAGAAGAUGUUGCUUAAAAGUCCUGAUAUUUAUCAGGCAUGGUGGCUUAUGCCUGUAAUCCAAGCACUUUGGAGGCCAAGGCUGGUGGAUCACCUGAGGUCGGGAGUUCAAGAGCAGCCUGACCAACAUGGUGAAACCCCAUCUUAAGAAAAAAAAAGGAGCUUUGCUGAGAGUAAAGAACAUGUAAGCAUAUGAAUCUUAAGUUCUGUGUAACAUUGUUUGGCUUCAAGAAAGGUUAUGUGUGUAGCAGUUGGAGUUCAGUUUGAUACGUGGUGGUUUUAGGUCAAGACUUCAUUGGCUGAAUAUACAAAUGAAGAUGAAUGGAUAGUUUUGGUUUGUUUUCCACAAUUAUAAUGCUGUAGGUUUACUGAUGACUUGUACUUUCCUUAAAUUUUUUUUUUUUUUUUCAUUUAAGAGGCUUUCGUCUCUUCUAAAAGGUAAUUGGAGCAAGUAAAAUGGUUUCAUUUGGUCAUUUGUUAAUGAUUGUUCUGAAGGUAUGUUUAUCCCUUGAAAAUCAAGGUUUUUGCUGCUGUUGAGUGUUACUGUAAAUAAGGCUGGAUUAACCAUUUCUUAUAACUGUUUGGGUUUUCUUCUUUCUUUUCUUUUCUGUUCUUUUCUUUUCUUGACAGAGUUUCAUUCUUCUUGCCUAGUCUGGAGUGCAAUGGCGCACUCUUGGCUCACCGCAACCUCCACCUCCCGGGUUCAAGCGAUUCUUUGGCCUCAGCCUCCUGAGUAGUUGGGAUUACAGGCAUGCGCUACCAUGCCUGGCUAAUUUUGUAUUUUUAGUAGAGACGGGAUUUCUCGAUGUUGAUCAGUCUGGUCUCAAACUCUCAACCUCAGGUGAUCUGCCCACCUUGGCCUUCCAAAGUGCUGGGAUUGGGCCGGGCGCGGUGGCUCAAGCGUGUAAUCCCAGCACUGGGAGGCCGAGGUGGGUGGAUCACGAGGUCAAGAGAUCGAGACCAUCCUGGUCAACAUGGUGAAACCCCAUCUCUACUAAAAAUACAAAAAAUUAGCUGGGCAUGGUGGCACGUGCCUGUAAUCCCAGCUACUCAGGAGGCUGAGGCAGGAGAAUUGCCAGAACCCAGGAGGCGGAGGUUGCGGUGAGCCGAGAUCGCACCAUUGCACUCCAGCCUGGGUAACAAGAGCAAACUCCAUCUCAAAAAAAAACCAAAGUGCUGGGAUUACAGGCAUGAGCUCCUGUGCCCGGGCUCUUUUUCCUUUUCUUCUUGCAUUUUUUUCUUCUCUCCCCACACUGUUUCAUAAUUUUUUUAACUGUUAGGUGAGGAAAAAUAUAAACUGUAUUUGGAUUAUAAGGGUCAAGCUCUCUUCCUGAUCAAGGGUCAUGUAUCUUUGAUUGAUAUAAAAUUUCAAUUCUGUUUUUUUAUUAGUUCAUCAAAAUAUAACAAUCAUAUUUUCUAUUUUUAGGUGAGUUCAAAAACUUUAAGAUUAUAUUUUUUUGGAUGAUAAUUUUACCCUAAUUAAAAAUUACACCAGCCUGACCAACAUAGUGAAAUCCUGUCUCUACUAAUAAAGUACAUAAAAAAUUAGCUGAGUGUGGUGGCACGCAUCUGUAGUCGCAGCUACUCAGGACGCUGAGGCAGGAGAGUUGCUUGAACCCUGGAGGUGCUGAACUGAGACGGCGCCAUUGCACUCCACCCUGGGUGACAGAGCAAGAUUCUGUUUCAAAAAAAAAAAAAAACAAAAAAACCUAGAAACAACAAAAUUGAGGCUUUUUAAAAACAAACUUGGCCUGGCUUUGUGGCUCAUGCUUGUGAUUCCAGCAUUUUGGGAGGCAGAGGCAGGAGGAUUGUUUCAGGCCAGGCAUUCAAGACCAGCCUGGGCAAUAUAAUGAGACCCUGUCUCUCAAAAAAAAAAAAAAAAAAAAAACCCUGCUAACUUUUUGAGAGCAGCCAAUGCAUGGUUUCAUUUGUUCAUUUAAGUGGCAAACACAUGGGUAUUUUAUUAUCCCUACUUCAUAGCAUAGAUCAUACUUUUUUGUACUUUACAGUAUCAAAUAUUUUUUAAAACAAAUUUUAAGGGCUGUUUCUACUCUAAGAGUUUUUUAGGGUCAAAUGAGAUACUGAAUAUAAAUCACUCAGCACAAGCUGGUGCUGAAAUCAAACGCUAGUUGUUUUGUUUCCAGACUUUGUUCAUUAAUUUGUUCUUCAUAUGUAUGGAAAGCUGUCUCUAUAUGAGGUCAGAGGAUGUAAAUAAGAACAUGGUAGACCGCAGCAAGGAAAACAGCUGUGGCGUAGAUGCUAGCACGCUACCAUAGAAAUCAGUGCAGAGUGCUUUGCAGGGGAAUGGUGGUGUCAAGGAAAGUGUCGCAGAGGAAGGAAAUUAUAAACUGAGAAGUGGAAAUGUUAACUGGCUGGAGGCGGAAGGAUGAAAGAAAGAGCAGGGACCAAAAAAAGAAAAAGAAAAAAGACUUCAGCAUGGUGGGAACAUGACAUAGUGUUUGGAGAGGUUAUUAGGUCAGACAGUGCCAAGUCCAGGCAUUAAGAUGUAGUGCUGUGGGCAGUUAGACCACUCCUGAAAGGUUUUCUUUUUUCUUUUCCUUACCUUUCCCCUUUCCUUCUUGUAUUUGAGAGAGUCUCACUCUGUCAUCCAGGCUAGAGUGUAGUGGUGCAAUCUCGGCUCACUGCAAUCUUCGCCUCCCAGACUCAAGCAGUUUUCCCUGCCUCAGCCUCCCAAGUAGCUGGGAUCACAGGCGUCUGCCACCAUGCCCAGCUAACUUUUGCAUUUUUAGUAGAGAUGGGGUUUUACCAUGUUGGUCAGUCCCAGUUGCUGACUGGUUGCAGACUGGUUGGGGUCACAGUUUCUUCAUUUUACAGACUCUGGGGAUUCUGUCUCAUCUCUCAUAGGUUCCUUAUGAAAAUUAAGUUAAUGUAUGUCUAACAGUUGAUGCAAUGCCCAACACAUAGAAAAUGUUCAAUUAGAGUGGUAGCACUAAUAUUUUAAAAUAGGACUCAGAGAAAAUUAUAAUAGAGUAAUUUUGUAACAGGUAUUUCUGUUCCAAGUUUGAUGUCACUGUGGCUUAUGGGUUUCAUUUAAAAAGUCAUACAUUCUGGCCAGGCGUGGUGGCUCAAGCCAUCCCAGCACUUUGGGAGGCCGAGGCAGGUGGAUCAUGAAAUCAAGAGAUUGAGACCAUCCUGGUCAACAUGGUGAAACCCUGUCUCUACUAAAAAUACAAAAAAAAUUAGCUGGGCAUGGUGGCACGUGCCUAUAAUCCCAGCUACUCAGGAGGCUGAGGCAGGAGAAUUGCCUGAACCCAGGAGGCGGAGGUUGCUGUGAGCCAAGAUCAUGCCAUUGCACUCCAGCCUGAGUAACAAGAAUGAAACUCCAUCUCAAAAAAAAAAAAAAAAAGAAAGAAAAAAAAAAGUCAUACAUUCCAUAUAAAUGAGCCUCUUCGGAAAAAUGGUUUGUUUUAAAGAGUUGAACAAUGACCAUAGUUGACAAAGCUUCUGAAUCUUCAGACCCAUCAGCCUAUCAGAAUCAGCCUGGCAGCUCUGAAGCAGUCUCACCUGGAGACAUGGAUGCAGGUUCUGCCAGCUGGGGUGCUGUGUCUUCCUUAAAUGAUGUGUCAAAUCACACACUUGCUUUAGGACCAGUACCUGGUGCUGUAGUUUAUUCAAGUUCAUCUGUACCUGAUAAAUCAAAACCAUCACCACAAAAGGAUCAAGCUGUAGGUGAUGGCAUCACUCCUCCACAGAAAGUUCUUUUCCCAUCUGAGAAGAUUUGUCUUAAGUGGCAACAAACUCAUAGAGUUGGAGCUGGCCUCCAGAAUUUGGGCAAUACCUGUUUUGCCAAUGCAGCACUGCAGUGUUUAACUUACACACCACCUCUUGCCAAUUACAUGCUAUCACAUGAACACUCCAAAACAUGUGGAGUCUCACUCUGUUGUCAGGCUGGAAUGCAGUGGCGCAAUCUCGGCUCACUGCAUCCUCUGGCUUACUGCAACCUCCACCUCCUGGGUUCAAGCGAUUCUUCUGCCUCAGCCUCCCAAGUAGCUGAGACUACAGGUCAUGCAGAAGGCUUUUGUAUGAUGUGUACAAUGCAAGCACAUAUUACCCAGGCACUCAGUAAUCCUGGGGAUGUUAUUAAGCCAAUGUUUGUCAUCAAUGAGAUGCGGCGUAUAGCUAGGCACUUCCGUUUUGGAAACCAAGAAGAUGCCCAUGAAUUCCUUCAAUAUACUGUUGAUGCUAUGCAAAAAGCAUGCUUGAAUGGCAGCAAUAAAUUAGACAGACACACCCAGGCCACCACUCUUGUUUGUCAGAUAUUUGGAGGAUACCUAAGAUCUAGAGUCAAAUGUUUAAAUUGCAAGGGCGUUUCAGAUACUUUUGACCCAUAUCUUGAUAUAACAUUGGAGAUAAAGGCUGCUCAGAGUGUUAACAAGGCAUUGGAGCAGUUUGUGAAGCCGGAACAGCUGGAUGGAGAAAACUCAUACAAGUGCAGCAAGUGUAAAAAGAUGGUGCCAGCUUCAAAGAGGUUCACUAUCCAUAGAUCCUCUAAUGUUCUUACACUUUCUCUGAAACGUUUUGCAAAUUUUACUGGUGGAAAAAUUGCUAAGGAUGUGAAAUACCCUGAGUAUCUUGAUAUUCGGCCAUAUAUGUCUCAGCCCAACGGAGAGCCGAUUGUCUACGUCUUGUAUGCAGUGCUGGUCCACACUGGUUUUAAUUGCCAUGCUGGCCAUUACUUCUGCUACAUAAAAGCUAGCAAUGGCCUCUGGUAUCAAAUGAAUGACUCCAUUGUGUCCACCAGUGAUAUCAGAUCGGUACUCAGCCAACAAGCCUAUGUGCUCUUUUAUAUCAGGUCCCAUGAUGUGAAAAAUGGAGGUGAACUUACUCAUUCCACCCACAGCCCCGGCCAGUCCUCUCCCCGCCCCGUCAUUAGUCAGCGGGUUGUCACCAACAAACAGGCUGCACCAGGGUUUAUUGGACCACAGCUUCCCUCUCAUAUGAUAAAGAAUCCACCUCACUUAAAUGGGACUGGACCACUGAAAGACACGCCAGGCAGUUCCAUGUCGAGUCCUAAUGGGAAUUCCAGUGUCAACAGGGCGAGUCCUGUUCAUGCUUCAGCUUCUGUCCAAAACUGGUCAGUUAAUAGGUCCUCAGUGAUCCCAGAACAUCCUAAGAAACAAAAAAUUACAAUCAGUAUUCACAACAAGUUGCCUGUUCGCCAAGGUCAGUCUCAGCCUAACCUUCAUAGCAAUUCUUUGGAGAACCCUACCAAGCCCGUUCCCUCUUCUACCAUUACCAAUUCUGCAGUACAGUCUACCUCGAACGCAUCUAUGAUGUCAGUUUCUAGUAAAGUAACAAAACCGAUCCCCUGCAGCGAAUCCUGCCCCCAGCCGGUGAUGAAUGGCAAAUCCAAGCUGAACUCCAGUGUGCUGGUCCCCUAUGGUGCCGAGUCCUCUGAGGACUCUGACGAGGAGUCGAAAGGGCUGGGCAAGGAGAAUGGGAUUGGUACGAUUGCAAGCUCUCACUCUCCCGGCCAAGAAGCCGAAGAUGAGGAGACCGCUCCGCACGAGCUCCAAGAACCCAUGAUCCUAAACGGUGCUAAUAGUGCAGACAGCGACAGUGACUUGAAAGAAAACGGCCUGCCGCCCGAUGGUGCCAGCUGCCAAAGCCAGCCUGCCCUGCACUCAGAAAAUCCCUUUGCUAAGGCAAACGGUCUUCCUGGAAAGUUGAUGCCUGCUCCUUUGCCAUCUCUCCCAGAAGACAAAAUCUUAGAGACCUUCAAGCUUAGUAACAAAGUGAAAGGCUCCACAGAUGAAACGAGUACACCAGGAGCAGAGAGGGGCCCUUCCGAGGACUACAUCGCAGAGCCCCAGCCCGGCAGCCCCGCUUCAGAGUCCCUGGAGGAGCUGGACCUGGCCGCCAGCUCCGGCAGCACCAAGGUUCCACCACCCCCUGACCCCGGGACCCCCACUACCAAAGAAGGCACCUGGGAGGCCAUGGCCGCCGCCUCCGAAGAGCCUCCGCCCAGCGCCGGCCAGGACAUCAUCACAGGGGACACCGCGCCCCCUGACCUGUGUGAUCCUGGGAGCUUAACAGGUGACCCAAGCCCGCUGUCCCAGGACACGGGGAUAAUCAUGGAGGGUCCUCGAGACUCGGUAUCAGCGGAAGCCCAGGAGGGGUUAAGCCCGGCUCCACCCAUGGGGUCGGAGGAGUCCCACGAGCAGCCGCUUCUGGUUCACCCCAGCAGGGACCACACCCGGGAUGCUCAGGAUCCGCCCCAGAGCUCCGGCGUGCCCGAGGCCUCAGAGGGGCUGCCAGCUCCAGCACUGGAGGUGGCCCCGCCUGGUCACCCAGUGGGGGACGCCGAGCCCAGCCCUGGGGAGAAAGGCGAGGACGCUGCGGUGGGGCUGAAAGCCCCAGGCCCUUCCCCGGCGACGGAAAAAAUUGGCAGCCUCCGAAAGGUGGACCGAGGCCACUACCGCAGCCGGAGGGAGCGCUCGUCCAGUGGGGAGCCCGCCAGGGAGACCAGGAGCAAGACCGAGGGUCAGGGCCACCGCCACCGGCGGCACCGCACCUGUGCCCGGGAACGCGACCGUCAGGACCGCCACGCCUCAGAGCACCACCCUGGCCACGGCGACAGGCUCAGCCCCGGCGAGCGCCGCUCCCUGGGCAGGUACGGCCACCACCACUCCCGACACCGCAGCGGGGCUGAGCCAGACUGGGGCCGACACCACUAUGCCGAGGGUGAGCACAGCUGGGGCCGGGAGAAGUUCUACCCUGACAGGCCACGCUGGGACAGGUGCCGGUACUACCACGACAGGUACGCCCUGUACGCCGCCCGGGACUGGAAGCCCUUCCACAGCGGCCGUGAGCACGAGCGGGCCGGGCUGCACGAGCGGCCACACAAGGACCACUACCGGAGCCGCAGGGGCUGUGAGCCAGCCCGGGAGAGGGAGCGGCACCGCCCAGGCAGCCCCCGCGCAGGCGCACCCCACGCCCUUGCCCCGCACCCCGACCGCUUUUCCCACGACAGAACUGCGCUUGUAGCAGAAGACAAAAACUGUAACAUCUCUGAUCGGUUUCAUGAACACCAAAGUGGAAAGCCACGAAAACGGAGAUACGACAGCCUGGAAAACAGUGACAGUCAUGUCGAAAAGAAAUCCCAGAGGAGCGAACAGAAGGAUCCUCUAGAAGAGCCUAAAGUGAAGAAGCACAAAAAAUCAAAGAAGAAAAAGAAAUCCAAAGACAAACACCGAGACCGCGACUCCAGGCAUCAGCAGGAGUCAGACCUCUCAGCAGCAUGCUCUGACACUGACCUCCACAGACACAAAAAAAAGAAGAAGAAAAAGAAGAGACAUUCAAGGAAAUCAGAGGACUUUGUUAAAGAUUCAGAACUGCACUUACCCAGGGCCUCCAGUUUGGAGACUGUUGCCCACUUCCGGAGAGCACAGGGCGGUUUUCCCCUCCCUGGUGGCCCGCCUCUGGAAGGCGUCGGACCUUUCCGGGAGAAAACGAAACACUUACAGAUGGAAAGCAGGGAGGACAGGUGUCAUCUCUUUGAGUAUGGCCAGGGUGAUUGAAAACUCCGCCUCAAAACAAAAAAUUCACUAGUUAUGAUUCAAUGCGUUCAACAGAAGCCAUCCCCAGCCCAGCUUAAAUUAUAAAUAUAGAAAAUAACUGUUCAAAUCUGCGUGGUGCUUCUUUAGUAAAUACUGUACAGAUUUUACCAUGGAGAACUUUUUUUUUUUAGUUUUUACCUUUUCUUAAUUACCCUAUUCCAAAUGGAUGAACACUUUCUACCACUGCUGACCAUUGUAAAAUACCGUGUAUAUAAAUCCCACUGAAAUAAUGCCCUGGAAUAGAACAUCUCAAAUGCUGCUUAAUUACAGACUCAGGUCGAUUACUUGUAUUUCAUGUAAUGUUCCUCCAAGUUAGACAUCUGGUGCAAGACCAACCGGGAAACCAUGGAAUUGUCAAAAGUACAAACUGACAGUGUGUAUAUUUAAUUUAAAGACUUAUUUAAAAACUCACACACUCUCACCUAGACUUUCGAGAGCAGUCUGUUUUCUGUAAUGUCUGAUACUAGAAACUAAUUUGCUUAUUUUAGUUGUAUUCAAGAUUUGAAGAUGUAUUUUAUAGACAAGUUCUGUUUUUGAACUUUGUGGAACUGUUCCAAUCAAUUUCCCAGUUAUGAUGAGUAUUUACAUUAUGAAUGUAUAACCCAGACAUGAUUUGUAAGCCUAUAGUACAUUUCUAUUACACGACACUUUUUGAUACAGCGUCUCUUGUCUUGACUAUGAUACUGGAGUCUCAGUUGUCUGCUUGGUCCCUUCGAGUUUCUAGUUACAGACACAAUCAUACUGUGAUUUUAUUUUUAAUAUGGAUAUGCUAUCAAACUGUGAUACACUUAUAAUUCACUGGUCCUGCAUCAGGAGAUGGAGUGGGGAAAACUGUAUUUAAUACAGUUUGUAUCUGAAUAAUCUGUAUGGUUUAUACAGUUUGUGUUGUUCAGAGAUGUUUAAAGUUUGAUCUUUGUUUUUUUAAAGAUUAAAAAAGCACUUGCCCCACUGUAAAUAUACAGCAUGUAAAAUUUCUAUAGUAUAUAAAUGGCAGCAAAUCACA